AAAGAUUCUGAAUUCAAGAUGUAUGUUACAAGGCAUCUCUCUGAAUACCAGAGAAACUCGUCGGACUUGACACGAUCAUCGCCGGAAGGUCCAAACUCGGGCGUACUUGUGAUUCAAGACGAAGAAUCAAAGCCGACUUGUUGCUUUGGAUCUUGCUACGAUGGUCAACUCAAAGGCUUACCGUUCCCACAAAACGUGAAGCUGACUGUGACCUACCGCACCAGAACGCCCGAAGGGUCCACAAGGAAAGAAGAGAUGAGGAGGAGGACUUACCAUGACUCGGUUCUGUUCAUCCCGGUUCUUGAUCAACCUCCAUCUUCCAACCGUUACUAUGUCAUUAAACGACGUGGGAAGCACUCAGGAGAAGCUUCAGCUAGUGCAAAAGAGGAAGACAGAGUACCCUGCUGCUUGUGCUUUAGCUAUGUUCCUGAAGCUAAGCCACAAGAAGCUGAUCCUUACGAUAUAUAUCAGCAAUUCGAGGUCCAUCAAUCAAAAUCAUCCUCUCGAGGUUACUUUGCAACCUCCGUUGCUCCUGACGGGAUACCACCAAAAUUCCUUAAGAGAAAGUAUUGGACAGUUGGGUACUCAGAUUCCCAUGACUUUGGUCUGACAGAUGAUGCAAAAGGGAUUAACACUAAGCUUCGUUACGAGCUUCCCAACGAUGUGAAUACAAGCGUUGUGGUAGGAAAAUGGUAUGUCCCUUUCAUAUUCUUGAAAGAAAGAGAUGCUAAGGAUCAGACUAAGAGAUCAACUUAUUACAGCAUGACGCUUAAACAAAGGUGGGAAGAGGUUUUCUCAUGUGAGAACGAUAAAGCCGAAAACUGUGAUGUUGUAGUUGAUGUACAAGUAGCGUCAGAAGUUGUGAAGCUUGAGGGACAAGUAACUAAUUUGAGAGAGACAAGCGGUGAUGGGGUGGUUUGGUUCAGUGUCUUAAGGGAUGAGAGGCAAGACAAGAAGAUAGGUCUUAGGUCUGUGGUUGUGGAGAGGAUGAAAUGGGAAGAAGAAAGGUUUGGUUGGUUAAACAAAGGCUAUGAACUAAGGUCUAGCAUUACGAGAUCAGAGAGAUUCAACGGCGGUUCAUCGCAAUGGAAGAGUUAUAAAUGUUAUGUAUUGGUUGAGAAUUUUGAAUUGAAAAGAAUGGAUGGGAGUUUGGUGUUGACAUUUGAGUUUAGACAUGUUGAUAAGUUAAAGAACAAGUGGGAUUGA